AUGAGACUCUCGAUCUCUGCCGCUGCCAUCACUCUGGCAGUCGCCAGGGUCACCGAGGCUUAUCAAUUACACAACCCACACGACAACGCAAACCAGAAAAGAGAUGAUACCGUCAAUGAGGUUCUGGCAGGCAUCGUCGUCAGCAGCGCGACGGGCCCCGUCAAUGGCAUGCCAACAGACCUGGCAGAUGCCGAGACAGCAAUCCUGGCUGGAAACUACACGUCGAACCUCCACAUGCCAGUCAGGGAUGAAUGUCCUUCAGGCUGCAGUCUUGUCGGGACCAACGCCAGCUCCUGGUUCGUCUACGGGAGCUUCAGACGGCUGGACCAGGCUUGCAACAAGACCACGCUCUUGGAAUUCGCACUUUCCAACCCAGUCGACGUUCCCAGAGCCCACGUCGCCAUUUCUGCCUGCACGGCGGACUUGUCCGGCGAUGGCAGAACCACUUCCACCAGCUCCGCCAAAGACGCCUGCGCCAACGAAGACGCGGAACAGCUUGAACAACAGGGCUCGCUGGACAUCACACCCUCGGGCUCUUCCUCUUCGGUCCACGCGGAUACCGUGGCCGAGGCUCUGGAGCAGCUGCGCAGCUUCGCGGCUUUGGCUGGGGACAGCUGCGAGGAGACGAUCAAAUACGCCUAUCUCCGCGACGUCUCCGUGGGCGUGUACUCCGGCACGGGCCUCGCUGGCCAGGGCGUGCUCGAAGAUGUGUUGGAAAAGGUCCGCACCCACAUCAUAGGGGCCGGCAGCGUGGCAGAAGAUGUCGUCGUCCAGCUGUGCAGCGAGUCCGAUGCAUCGGCGCGCUACUCGCUCGGCGUCCACAUCAACACCAAGCGCAGCAUCGGCACCGUCCAAGAGAGCAUUCAGAUAUGGAAGAACAGCUCCUGCGUCAAGACGACGCGGGAGAUGUCUAGUGCCCGAGCCGCCGCGUGGACGUCGGUCAGCUUCCGGGCACCUCCCAUCACCAACAGCACCGAGGCCGACAACUCGACGCUGAGCGGCAACUCGACCAGCGUGAAGAAAGUUGCCCGGGACAGUCCCAAGACGCUGCUCUCGCCCCGGGCCGAGUGCAGAUACAUCCAGGUUGAAGGCGGAGACAUUUGCGCUACCCUGGCAGCCCAAUGCGGGAUCUCGCGGACGCAGUUCAUGCGUUACAACAGCCACAAACCAGACCCCUGCGCCCUGCAGCCUGGUGAACAUGUCUGCUGUAGCUUGGGUACUCUGCCAGACUUCUCCCCGAAGCCCGACGCUGACGGGUACUGCCACAAGCAUCUGGUCAAGCAGGGAGACAACUGCGCUGCACUUUCGGCCGAGUACGGUCUGACCAAUGAGAAGAUUGAAGGAUUUAACAAGAAGACGUGGGGCUGGAACGGCUGCAGGGUCAUGUUUGCCGACUACUACAUCUGUCUUAGUACUGGCCACCCGCCCAUGCCGAUGAACAUUCCCAAUGCCGUCUGCGGGCCCCAAGUCAACGACACGGCGAGGGCGCCGCCGGGCACCGACCUGAGCACCCUGAACCCGUGUCCUCUGAACGCGUGCUGCAAUAUCUGGGGACAGUGCGGCACGACGAGCGACUUUUGUACGCCGUCAAAGUCGACCACCGGGGCCCCCGGCACGUCAGCACCGGGCGAGAACGGCUGCAUCUCCAACUGCGGCACCCAGAUCGUCAACUCCGGCCCGGCGGCUUCCGAGUUCCACAUUGCCUACUUUGAGGCAUGGAACUGGGGCCGCCCCUGUCUUCGCAUGGCGGUCAACCAGAUCGACACCUCGGUCUAUACCCACGUUCACUAUUCCUUCAUCACCAUCAACCCCGACUUCACCCUCAGCACAAAGGAUGUGGCCUCUCAGCUGUCGCUCUUCAUGUCCAUGACCGGCAUCAAGAAGAUCAUGUCCAUCGGCGGCUGGGCCUUCUCCACCGAGCCCGCGACCUACAAGAUCUUCCGCGACGCCGUGGCCACACAGGCGAACCGCAAGACGCUCGCCGACAGCGUCAUCAAGUUCCUCAACGAUUACAACCUCGACGGUGUCGACUGGGACUGGGAGUAUCCGGCCGCUCCCGACAUUCCCGGUAUCCCGCCCGGUACGGAGACGGACACCACCGGCUUCUUCCUGCUGCUCUCGGACCUCAAGCAGAGGCUACCCGCCGGCAAGACCCAGUCGGUCACCGUUCCUGGAUCGUACUGGUACCUGAAGCAAUUUCCCCUCCAGGCGUACACUCUCACCUCGCACUACUUUGUCUUCAUGACGUACGACCUGCAUGGCCAGUGGGAUUAUGGCAACAAGCACGGCUCGCCUGGCUGCGGCUCCAUCGACCAGGGCCUCGGCAACUGCCUCCGGUCCCACGUCAACCUAACCGAAACGAUCAAUUCCUUGUCCAUGAUCACUAAGGCGGGUGUGCCGUCCAACAUGAUUGCCGUCGGUGUCAGCAGUUACGGUCGGUCCUUUCAGAUGACCACGCCGGGCUGCUGGACCGAGCAGUGCACCUUCACAGGACCCGAGUCGGGCGCCAUGAAGGGUCGUUGCACCGAGACGGCCGGCUACAUCUCCGACUACGAGAUUGAGGAAAUCAUCCGCACAAACCCAUCGGCGAAGAAGCUCUUGGACCAGUCGUCGUACUCCAACAUUGUCGUCUGGGACUCGGAUCAGUGGGUCGCCUACAUGGACAAGGAGAACAAAGCCAUGCGCAAGUCCCUCUACCCGGCGCUGAACUUCCUCGGUACUGCCGACUGGGCCGUGGAUCUGCAGUCCGAGAACAGCGGUAGCGGCGGCAGCGGGUCCAGCAGUGGCGACAACGUCUACAUCGACCCUGCUAUCUGGGACUCGGUGAAGCCUGUCGUGACCGGGUCGCCGGGCGUGACGCUCAUCUGGCCGCCGAAGCCUCUCGCGACGCCGACCACCAUCUCAUUCGCUCCUUGGACCACGGUGGUGACGUACUCCAGUCUGACGACCGGAACCAGCACGCGGCCCAACGGUGACGUGACCACAUAUCCAGGCUAUGUAUAUGUGACGUUCCAGACCGUUAUCACCAUCCCACCUGUGGUCACAACCGAGAUCCCGGUCUGGGGCGUUUCCAUCUCUUCGGGUUCCACAGACGGCCCCAUCAUCUUGACAAGCUCCGUUCAGCCGCCGCCCUUUACAAUCACCAUCACUCCUGUCAUCGAUGGUAAGACUUCCAUCAUUGGGGCCACCAAGACAGAGACCAGCUCGACGCAAAUCAUCAUCUGGGGCACCGUCACGUACACCCCGCCCGUCGAGACGUGGACCCUCGGUGGUUCGACAACCAUCAUCGGCGGUACAACCUUGCCCCCAGCCGUUGUCACCCUCACACCGAACCCGCAUCCUAUGACCACUCCCACUCCGGGGCAUGUUGAUCCCGUCAUCAACGACAUCGAGCCGGCUUGGGUGGAGGGUCCCGUCCCGGUUCCUGUCGCUUUCCCGGGAUGUCCAGGAUGCGGCACGACCUGCGUCUUCUUUUGCAACCCUAACUGCCCCAACUGCCCCCCCGGGGCCUUUGGUAAUAACCGCGGCCCGAACGACCGCGACCCGGACGACCCGGACAACCCGGAGGAAGUGGAGACGGCGACCUUGCGCUUCGGUGAGGUCGCAGACCACCCCUUCCCGACCACCUUCGCCGAUGCCGGGGCCAUGAUAAGUAUAUUCGACCAAGUAUCGCGGAGCAUGUCCUCUUUAUUUGCUCCGCCCACCACUACUACGACCAGCAGGGCGACGACGACGGUGAAGCCGCCAGCGCCGACACCGACCUCUUGGUGCAAAUUCGGCAACAAUAUCGUCUUCUGGCGCUUCGGAAUCUAUGAAAUCAACGGCUGGGGCGGCGAAAAGGGCGAACGUAUCCUCGACGAAAUGAAGGGAUGCGGUGCCCUCACGGGAUGGAAAUACGAAGAAUCGUCGACGUCCGAUGGGAGGGCGUACUGUGCGUUCAAUCUGCCCUUUAUCAUAAAAGACGGGUGUGUUGAGCGUGCGAUCAAGAGCGCCGGCGGCCCGGAGCUCGCAUGCAAAGGCGACGGGUUCAAUGUCCCAGCAAGGUUGCCGGCGAUUCCGGGGGAUGUGGAUGGGGUGAGCUACGCAGACUACUAUCGAAACAUCACGGACCCGGCGCUGCUUGAAGACCCGGAGUAUCAUGCGCCGGACGGGUGGGGGGGUGACACGAGGAUGGAGGCGGAGGCGAUGUUGCUGUUCGGGAAGGCUUCGUAG